CUUAUAAUACCAUAUAAAAACCGGCGUUUUGCUUCUCUGCCUUCAACUGCAAAUCUACAUCUUUGAAUCUAACAUACCAGUAUUCUGAGGUUGAAUCAAAGCAGAAUGAUGAAGAUCUCAAUUCUGUUUGUAGUUUUACUUGCCUUUGCUCUUUUAGUAGAGGAAGGGCAGUGCUGGGGUCGCAGAAGACGAAGGAGAAGUGGUGGUCGAUGGAGUCUUAGUAGAGGCGGUGUAACGUACACCUUUAGAAAUGGAGCUACUGUCACAGGACAUGGAGGUUUUAAUUCAAUAGGCGUCAGAGUUUCUAUACCCUUUGGCAGAAAACGACGCUCUGUCAUGGAUGGAACUGAACUUGAUGCAAAGAGAGCCACGGCAGAACAGAAGGCAACAAUCCCCCCAGUGAUGGAAGUCGACAAUGAAAAGAAAGCAAAGCUUGAAGAAAAGCAGCCCAAGAUCGACAAUAACGACAAAACCUUAUCAGCAGUUCGCCAGAGCCAAAACAGAAAAGAUAACUGUGAUGAAUGUAUAGAAGUCCAACCCUUCAACAUUAACGAUCAAGCUAUUGAAAAUAAGACUGUAGAGAACAACGAUUUUGUCAUGGUCGUCAAGUACAUCGAAGAAAAUACUUCAGCAUUGAAACUGCAAGCAAAAAUCAAAUUUGAAGUAUUUGAUGUCGUGAAAAGCCCUGUUGAUAGUGUCAAAGAAGGAGAAACUUUCACAAUCAAAGCAGAAAUGGCCAAGUGUCCAUGUUUGUCCAUCCUCGACCCAGGCUACUACGUUGUUACAGGAUCUGUCAAUGCUGAAGGUCAAUUGGUUCUAUCAAAUGUUCUUAUGGAAUUUGAACGUUGAUUAAGGAAUUUGCUGAAAUUUUUAGUUAUUUAUUGUACAGCUAUUUGUGCAAAAUAUGGAUCUUCUUUGGCUCUUUUUAAGCAUAUUUAAUUUUCCAUUAUUAUUGUAGUAGUUUAAACAUAUGCAAAUAUCUCCUUCCAA